CCAGGAAGUUUACAUUUUGCUGUCAGUAGAUGCAGGAUGGGAAGCAAAGCUGCUAUUCUGUAAAAGAGCACUAUGGGAAACACAGAGAGUGUGGUGGUGCAAAAGCGGCUUGCCCGCUUCCGCCCUGAGGAACGGCCAGUGGUUGAGGGGGUCUUCGACAGGCUCCAGGGUUGUGUCGGGGGCCCUUCAGGAGCCCCAGGGAAAACACCAGCAGGGAAGACUCUAACACUUGAGAUGCUGCAGUCCUCCAUGAGCAGCCUGGCACCAGACUCCAUGGUAAGGAGGGUCUACCAGUGCAUGUGCAGUAUUGACUCUGGAUUGGCAGCAUCCACAGCCCCAGGGAAAACCAGCACCUCUGCUACUUCUGGAGUGGGUCGAGAGCAACUCGUCAUCUUCCUAGCAGACACCCUGCGAGGCACUGCAGAAGAGCGGGCUCCGCUUGUCAUGGCCAUGUCACAGCAUGGAGCGGGGUCCACAGUUGUCACAUGUGAGCAGGUAGCAGAGUUCCUACAAGACCUGAUCUCUGCUGUGGUUCAGAUUCUGGUCCACAGAGGGCGCCUGCAGGGCUGGAAGCCAGAGAGAAUGGGUGAUGGCUCUCUGGGUGUCAAACUCCUGGCAGAGCAGAUGUGUUCUGAACUCAAACCUUCAGACCAGGGAGACUGUGAUGUUUCCUGUCUGGAGGACUGGAUUUUCAGGGUGUCCCAGGUAUCGUCGUACCUGGAGAUGCUGGUGGCUGAGGGUCUAAAUGUUUCCCUAAGUGGCCGGCCGGCCCCCACCCUCCUGCCCCCUUGCCGGGAGACACCCUGGAAAGAGCUGAGGUGUCUGCUGGACCUUCCCACCCUCAUGUUUUUGGCACCACAGCUGCCAGACAGUUACAGCGCCCCCUGGAGACUUGUGUUUUCUACACGGCUGCACGGGGAGAGCUUCACCAGGAUGGUGACUGGCCUGACUAAGCGGGGGCCCACCUUGCUGCUUAUCAAAGACACAGAGGGACAUAUUUUUGGUGGCUUUGCCUCCCACGGCUGGGACGUCAAACCUCAGUUCCAGGGUGACUCCAGAUGCUUCCUGUUCACUGUGUUCCCCAGACUGAGAGUUUAUACAGCUACAGGAUAUAACCAACACUUCAUGUACCUCAACCAGAAUCAGCAGACCAUGCCCAACGGAUUGGGAAUGGGCGGUCAGCACGGAUACUUUGGCCUGUGGUUGGAUAGUGACUUUGGACGUGGCCAUAGCCGUGCACGGCCCAAGUGUACCACCUACGGCAGCCCUCAGCUCUCCGGAAACGAGGACUUUACCUUGGACUCUAUGGAAGUGUGGGCGGUCGGAAAACCCCCAGAACCAGAGGAGGGUGAGGAAGGCCAGGGCAAAAGGAGUGUCCUGGAUAUGGAUCCAGAGGCUCAGGCCAUAAUGGAGAUGACAGGGAAGACUCUGCACAGUCAGGGCCUCAGGGAGCCAGAGGAGGACCAGGAGCAGUGAGGGCCAACAGGGAAAUAGACCAAAGCCAUCACACCUAAUUGAGGCCUCCAGUCUAUCUGGUACUGACACACGUUGGGAUUUUAUAAUCUGACAUUUACAUCUAGCCAUAAGAAAUAUCUCCAAUAUACACAGUGAUAUCAGAUUUAUCUUUCCUUGCCUUUCAUUCUGAUUGGUCCCUUAUACACACAAACUGCUGCUAAAGAUGAUUAAAGAUGGUUUUGGCUGUCCAAGAUCACAACAUAAACCAGGCUAACAAAGUCUAACUACGGUAGAUCUAAAAUCAGCUUAUUAGUGAUCUGUAAUGUCUGAUAUGAUCUUUUUGCACAAACAACUGACAGCCACCAGUCAUCAUCUCUGUUAAAGGCACAGAAGUAUCCUGGGUGUGUUCACACUUCUUUCCACCAAGCUACACUGGUGCUGAACUGAAGAAAACGUUUUUAAAUGAAUAUAUCACAGAUUAAUCCAUCAGAGAAGAGGCAGGGGUUCCCGUUUCUUCACCAGCAGUAGCCUCGGUCGACCAGAAUGCAAUGCAUCUACAUCACCUCUAUUGAAAUCACUAACUGAAGUGUUAUGUUCAGGAGAGUGAGCCCCACAGUUUUUUUAUCUUGAAGUUCUGGGUUCGAAGAAAACAAGGAUCGUCUUAAACCAACCAAUAGUUUUAUUGCUACAGCAUUCAAAAAACCUUCAGGUUUAGUAGACAUGGUCUGACAUGAGCCUGUUAGUCAAUCUCUAUCUAGCUAUUUCACCUUCUGAGCCAUUAUAUUUAUGUGUGAACAUGUGACUAAUGAUAAGAUCCUUCAAAAGUUGUGUUAGUUAUUCAGGGACCGUUUUUUCAAACACCAGGGAUGCUAAAUACUUGAUCCCUCCUCAAACUGACAGCUGUGGAUAAACCUCAUGAAUACUCGAGACAAAACUAUCCAUUUUUACAGACUGGAUGUACCUCUGGAUUUAAUAUUUUUAUUUAAUUUAUUUUUUGCUCAAAGUCUAUGGCGUGCCCACCCACAUCAUGACCCAGACACUGGAUGAGAGGUUGGACUGACUAGCCACUUUGGAUUUUUCCUCGAGCAAAUCUUCAGUGCAGCAGAAUAAAGACAGAUAGAGGAUUGCCUGUAAAAUGAAAUGUGAUUAUAAUAGAUAUAUUGUUAAUGGAGAUGUGAUGCUGUGUGUUUUAUUGUUGUCAGCAGUGCAAUAAUUCCAAAGAGGCAUUAAGUCACCCGUUAUUUUUAUCAAGCAUGAUCAAGUCUGAGGAACUGCAUCAAUAUAAACAGAUCUGUGGUGGAGUUUGUAUUUACCAAAUAAAGUCACACAUGAUAUUAUAACAUACUACUGGAGCAACCAGUGUAUGAGGGCCUGAAUGUAACAGGAUCUUUUAAUCUAGAGCACAUGUAAUUCAGUAUAUCACCAUAUUUAGAGGUUUUCCACUUGCUUUUUGCAACAACUGUUGCUGAUGAGUUGAAAACACUGUUAACAUCAGAUGUUGCAGAGGUGACACCACUAUGUCCUCAAACAUGGCAUGUUGUAAUAUAUUAUUUUGUACGAUGGUGCAGUUAGAAACACUUAUUACCUUUUACAAUCAUUUCAAUUGUCGUAAAAUGUAGUGUUUAAAUGAUGAUAUUCUGUGUGUGUGUGUGUGUGUGUGUGUGUGUGUGUGUGUGUGUGUGUGUGUGUGUGUGUGUGUGUGUGUGUGUGUGUGUGUAGUGAACACAUUAUUGCAGUGUUAACCUGUAAAGCUGCCUGUAUUAAAAUGAGACGGGCCUGGAACAUGCACCUACAAUAUGUUCAGUUGUGUUUCUCUGUUGAGUGAACCGUGGCAAUUUGCUUAAUAUGUCCGUCUUAAUUUGAUCCUGUCUGACUUUGCCAGACAGGCUGUAAAAUGUCGCCAUAAACAUAAACGACAAGAUCUCCACUUUGACAUCGCUAAUUGUACUAAUACAAACACCUGCUCAGAGGCUGAAAGGCAAUUCUGUGUUCAUCCCCCUCCUCUUCUGCUAUCAUGCAAAUUACUGAGGCAAGUUACUCAUGCAAAUCUGUUAUAUAAGCUUACAGCAGUUCACACGGUGGUGUGAUGGACAUGGUUCCAUAAAGAAUAUUUAUACUCGUCUUUGUAUUUGUCUAUGAAAAUGAUUAUAUUGUUUUGCUGAGAAAUGUGAAGAUAUUUUGAGCCUCUGGAUAACAGCAUACUAUGUUCUUCAUGUCACUUACAUUCCCCCAACUAGAAUAAAUGCUGUUUAUAACGACUGUGCUUGUUAUAAACAGCAUUCAUGUUUGCAACAUAUUUAUUUUCAUACUCUGCUGCAUGCAUUUUCUUUAUUAUCAUGUUUUUUCAACCCUUUGUCUUUGUCUCUUCAUGCUUUACUCUUAUUUUCCACAUCCUCAUCUGCACACGUACACAUAUUUCCAUUGUGCAAGUGAUGAGGCUGUAUUUUCCAUUUUGUCUAUUGGUCGCUUGCUCACACUCAUUUUUCUUUAUUUUAAUUCUACAGUAUUUGCUGUGCUGAGGACUUAAUUUAAUUGAGUUCUUAUUCAGUCUUGUUCUAAACUUUUCUCCACUGUUUCUCAUGUCAGACACCUCAAACAGUUUCAUUAUCAGAUUCCAAAUAAGUGGUUUAAGAUGAAGAAAUGUCUACUUGUGACAACUCCUUAGGGUUGCAUAUGUCUACCAGUUGUGACUAGUUCACCCAGAGUGAUUAAGUUUUCCUCUUCUCUUAAGUCUGGGAAUAAAUUGCUCUCUCUUCUA